AUGACGGUAGACGAUUUAACUAACGUGUUUACAGGCUUUUUGUCUGGAGAACGAUGCGGUGGCUUCAGCCAGGAAGAACUGCUGAAAAUAUGGAAGGGCCUAUUCUAUUGUAUGUGGAUGCAGGAUAAACCUCUGCUACAGGAGGAACUUGCAGACAAUAUCUCACAGCUUAUCCAUGUGAUUCAGAAUACAGAGGCUCGACAUCUGUUCAUUCAGACAUUUUGGCAAACUAUGAACCGUGAAUGGAAUGGGAUAGACAGUCUGCGUCUCGAUAAGUACUAUAUGCUAAUGCGUAGGAUUUUGAGGCAGUCCUUUGAAGUGCUGAAAAGAAAUGAAUGGGAUGAAAGUCUAAUUGAACUCUUCCUGCAGCUACUAAUGAAGGAAGUUAUGGACUCAGACAGUAAUGCUCCUACUGGGAUAAAGUUACAUUUCAUUGAUAUCUAUCUGGAUGAAUUGGCUAAAGUUGGUGCAAAGGAGCUUACAGCAGACCAGAAUCUCAAGUUCAUUGAACCUUUCUGCAAAAUUGCUGCCAAAUCAAAGGAUCGAUGUGUGCUGCAUGCUGUAGCCACUGGUAUCUUUGAGAUCAUUGUGGAUCAGUCCCCCUAUGCCAUCGAGGACCUAAUGAAAGAACUGGGUAGCAACAGUGAUGAGGAGGAUGUGUCUGAAGACGACAAACAGGAAGAUGAAGAGGUGUUUAAAACCAAAGCAGACAGAUGUUUGUCAAGAAAAUCAGUGCAGAGCUCUGAAAAAACAGAGGAUGUUUAUGAAAAUGCUGAUGACGGUAUUGGGACUGUUCUUCAGUUUGAUUACAAGGCUGUUGCUGACAAACUCUUUGAAUUGGCGAGCAAGAAAAAUACACCUUCCCUUAACAGAAAGCGCCUGUACAAGCUGGUCAAAAAGUUCCAGGACUUAGCAGAAG